CUGGGAUUGCUAGCCUUGAUCUCCUUACUUGAGUACAUAUUACAGCCAGUACUGCUGGCACUUGGGUCCUGCCUGCAGCGAAGUCCGGGCUGCUCAUCAUAACAGCCGGGAGGGCGCCUCUUACGACAGAUCCAACCAGCUUCUGUCAGAGCACACAAUGUCACACGACCGCGAAGCACUGUGGAAUACUGGUCAUGACGAAUCAGUCGAAGUGAAUCAGCGUGCGUUGAUAGACAAGGUGCUUGCGCGAUACUCCGGAGAGUUCACAGUAUUCCGGGAACUUCUUCAGAACUCUGACGAUGCUCGAUCAUCCACUGUUGAGAUUCGUUUUGAGACGGAGCAGUACAUUCACAAGGAUAAAAAAGACAGUGAUGAACCGCAGGUCCUUCCAGAUCUGAAGACCGCACCUGUUGUGCAAUGGACGUUUAGAAAUAAUGGCAUAGCUUUUAGAGACGAAGAUUGGUCUAGAUUGCGGAAGAUUGCUGAGGGGAAUCCUGACGAAGAGAAGAUCGGAGCAUUCGGUGUUGGUUUUUACAGCUUGUUCUCAGUAACAGAGAAUCCAUUUGUAUCAUCUGGAGGCCAUGGGAUGCAGUUUUACUGGAAAGACAACAAAGACCAGCUACAUGUCCGUCGCGGCGACCUGCCGUCGAAAGGAGACUCAGACCCGUGGACGACGUUCGAAAUGACAUUGCGAGAACCCGGUCCGAUCCCACCAGCUUUCGACUUGAUGCGAUUCCUGGCGUCCUCGAUUACCUUUAUGGUUCAUUUGAACGACGUCAGUGUUUACUUCGACCGUUUUCGUAUAGGACAUUUGAAAAAGUCCACUGGCGUGUCACGAACGCUCGACAUUCCCAAAGGAUUAAAGAAGUCCAGUGGUCUCAAUAUCAUGCAUAUUCAGAACAUUCAGUCCCACCAGAUUAGAAUAGAAGCUGAGGUCAUGCGAGCCGUGUACACUGUGGCCGCUGAGAGACCACCUGCACUACAAGCAUCCGAACCACGUAAGCCACAGAGCGGGUUUUUCUCAUCGCUCCUUGCAUCUUUCACGACUACGACUAUCUCUCGUCGACCGGCAUCGCCGCCGGUACAGCUGCCCCCGAAAGCCUUGACGGAGCUUCACCGGACGAGUGUAACACUCACAGUGUUCACCGCUGAGGUCAACGUAAAAGUUGAUAAAAAGCUGUUUGCUGAGUUACUGCGUUCAAUGAAGAAGAAUCCACCACAGCAGCUCAGAUACAACCUCAUUUAUACGGGGAAAAAUGAGUAUGAUCUGAGCAUUGCGGAUGAGAGGGAUCAUCCAGAGUGUGCAGGUGGCGUUUUCCAAGGUCUCAGAGCGGAUUUGGAUGGAGCAGGCCAAGCUCGGUUGUUUAUAGGUCAUGCUACUGGACAGACGACAGGUAUAGGAGGACAUAUGGCGUCGCGGUUCAUACCCACGGUUGAACGCGAGUCCAUAGAUUUGGUUGACAAAAACGUUGCUGUUUGGAACAGGGAGCUUCUCUACGUUGGGGGUUUCUUAUCUCGUGUGGCAUACGAUCUUGAGCUCGCUAAUAUUAACGAUCUUUGGGAGGAAGCAGCAAAGUCAAGAGGCAAUGCCGAUUUUCGCCCGGAACCUGAACUAGAAGACUGGCUUCGCCAACGCUUCGUACACAUUCUCAAGUUCUUCACCUUUCGUGCGUCGACACCAUCUUCCGAGGUUUCCCAUCUACUUGAGAGAGCGUUUUAUGGUUGUUCUACUAAUCCUUUGAAGUUACUUUCAUCUGCUGGCGUUCGCGGCGCUUCUGACAUCAAGGAACCCGAUCCCACUUUCUCCGAAUUCCUAAAGUACCUUCCAGUUCUCCCUGAGGUUGUGGUGCGAGAAGGAGCUCUCACAGUUAGAGCCCUGCAAAGUCAGGGGAUGAUUUCGCCCAUUACUUUCCAUGACGUUUUAUCGGAACUGCGCAAGCACCCUCUAAACGAAGAAGAACUAGUCGCAUGUCUCAAAUGGUGGAUUAAUUUUCCCUCGACUAAUUCUACCAUCGACAUGGACAGAAUGCGCGUGGAACUGCUUAACGCAACCGUCCUAUGCCCCAGCGCUGGCGAUGGCAAAGUGCUUCCUUUAUCUGCGGUGCAAUACUUCAUCAACGUUCGAGGUGUUGGCACGCAUAUUCCCUUGGAUGGUCCACUCCCAGCGUCACUCGCCCCGCUCAGCGUUACUCGGCACUUCGUACCGACGCAGCUCCUCUCCUUCGGUUGGAAGGAAUUGACGGUGAUGGAUUGGUUACAAUACAUUUCCAGACCAGAGACAUUGGCAAAUAACCCUACUUAUGACUUUACCAAGUCAGUUGAGUGGUCGGAGCGUGUUUUGACCAUCCUCUCUCGUACCUGGUUCUCCUUAUCGCACGAAGCGCAGAAUUCUGUGAAGGUGUUGCUCUCUGGCAAGAAUUGUGUACCGACGACGAGUGGUCUGCAGACUCCAGGAGGGUCAUACUUUCCGACCGUGAAGAUCUUCAGUGACCUCCCGGUAGUCAACAUCUCUGGCAUUCCGAUUAAGGGGUCGAUGGAGAAGAUGUUAAUCUUUAUUGGCGUGCGAAAACAUGUUGACCUCCAGGUAGUAUUUGACCGGAUGAUCAAGACUGGAGAUUGGACGAUACCGGAUCUCAUAGGAUACCUUGUCUCCGUAAAGGACGAUUUAUCCGCUGAGGAGAUAUCUAGAUUAUCAGCGACAAGUGCCUUCACUGGAGAAGGAGGGAAUGGCGAUACGGGCACGAAGAGGAUCAGGCAUCGGGCUUGCGAUCUAUAUGAACCAAUCGACAUUUUCCGUCAGCUGAAGCUGCCAGUUCUAGACUGGGGCGAAAAACCCAAGUGGAAGAGUACUUCUGAGGAAGCUAAGCUUUUGUUUCGUCUUGGUCUACUGCGCAUUCCGCCUUUAGGUACCAUCGUCCAGCUUUGCAGCUCCCCAGAUGCAGCUGUCAGGACGGUAGCGUUCAAGUAUUUGUGUGACAAUAUUCCGGCGAGGUACCCUGAUUAUACGCCCGAUGACUUCGCGAAUGUUGCAUUUAUACCCGCGGAAAAUGAAGAUGGCUUUCAUUUGGGCACCAUUCGAGAGGUUUUUGGGGACCCUCAGUGGAAGCUUUUGGGGUUCUCUGUUGUUCAAGCUGACAACCGGAAAGAUGUUGCGGGUAAGCUUGGGGUGCAAGAACAUCCACCAGCAUCUAUGCUCCUUUCCUUGUUGGAAAAGACACCUCCUCAAAACGAAGCCAUGGCUCGACAAUGGUUUGAAAUACUGUCUGAACGCGUCACAAGUUUCCACCCUGCUCAACUUACCACGCUGUCGAAGAUACCAAUCGUGCCGAGCAAAGGAUCAGGCUCGCAACCCGUACGAUGGUUAGCUCCCUCUCAAUGUUAUUUGGGCAAACCGACCGGAGGCGAAUUCCAUUCAAAGUUGUUUAUCUUCGUCGACUUUGGGGUCAACGCGAACCGAUUCCUUAGUGCAUGUGGCUCAAAGAAUGAGCCAUCCGUGGAAGAGGUUGCUGGGAUCCUGCUGGCUGACCCCCGAAGGUUCUAUGAUAUGGCGGGAGGAUUCGAAAACUUCCUGACGGAGCUGCGUAAUCUCGCUGUGAAUCGGCGUCUGUUGCCUGCGGUCAUUGUCAACAAAAUGAAGACCUCCCCGAUUUUGCUCGGUAUUCGUCGUCAGAAACCCACUAAGACUGUUACAGACAGUACAAAAGAACUAGAUGAAGAUAGAUGGGAAUUUCAGCACAACUUGCUCAAAGCGCAUGACAUCGUGAUUGCUGACGAUACCAAUGCCUAUCAACUGUUCGGAGAUUCAAUCUUUGCCGCACCUCAAGAAGACCUGUUAGAGAAUUUUUAUGCUUGGCUUGGAUGCAAGCCUUUGAGUGCAGUCGUUCGGGAGGAGUGCAAAGUUAGCCGCGAAAUACCCAAUGCAAAGAUCGCCACAGAAACACGUGCACUUGUGUUGGAAAGGCUCCCGUUGUUUCUCCACGAGCAUACGCAUGCUCGUACGAAAGUCUCUCUUUCAUGGCUCUCAAAACCGGACAAUUUCAAGGUUAGGGUAUUCGGGAAACUGACAAUCGUCAAAACCCUCGACUCAGAUAACAUUCGGUCGACGCGCACGCAGGAUGCGUCAGCUGCUGCGAAGCGGAUUGGGCAGGGGGUCAUAGAGCUAUGGCUUUCCUACAGCGGACAGGUGGACAUGUAUGAGGUAGCAACAUCAUUGUGCCGGUUGCUGUUCGAGACGGUAAAGGUCAACGAUACACUGCUCUUUAUGACUAUUUUGUCAACCGACUUGAAGGCACUAAGACGACGAGGCUACAACGUCGAUAAGAUUCUCAAGCAGCAGCAACACGAGAAACAAAUGGCAGAGGAAGCUAAGAAUCGCUAUCUUGGUUCCGACUCAGUCGAAACACUUACCCCACCCGUUUCGAUUCAUCCCGGCACUGCCCCCGUUCGUGCACGACCCCCUGCACGACGUCCGGAGAUUCCGGGAGGAUGGGAAACUGGCUUGAGUUCUCCUCCGGCUCUUCCCCUUCCACGGGAACCACAAUCAUCCCAGCAUAUCUUGAAGGAGCCCGAACCGACCUCCGACCAGGCCACACAGGGAACAAAACCCCUCAGCAGCACGCUGCAGAACCUAACACGCAAAUUGGUUGGAAUGGCUCCGCAGAACCUUUCACAAGAGGUCAUAAGCGUCGUACAAUCACAACGUUCGCGGGAGGUCACUCCUCAAACCGACAUUCGCGCCAAUGUGAACAUGGCAAUAAGGGCAUGCCGGCCGGAGCAAGGAAAGCUCCUUCGCAACAGACAGAACAUGGAAAUUAUCAAGGAAUCUUUGGACGAAGGAUACUGUGACGUCUCUGGUCAGGUUGGGGAAUUGGACCACUUGAGUACUGUUGGCGACAUCAAGGUUUUCGUUACGAAAGAUGUACCGGAAACAGCAACUUUCAUGACACGGAAACUUGAAGUACUCGCGCGAUUCAUCCAUGUCAUAACCCCGUUGGGCAAGGUCUAUGGUCUCCCGACAACCGCGCUGCACAUCUUCUGUGACUCGACUGGAGGCUUAAUUGCCUUCAACCGCAAUGGCAGUAUCUUCUUAAACCUUCGUUAUUUUGAAGCGUGGCAUGACGAAGACGUCAAGAAAGGCGACCUUUCACAGGCCCAGAUAUCGUGGUUCUUCACUCUGGCCCACGAGAUAGCUCACAACCUGGUUGAACCUCACAAUUCCGAGCACGAGUUUUACUUUUCCGCGAUUUGCGAAACCCACAUCGUUGCAUUUUCGAGGUUGUUGGCCUCACCUACCUUGCAAUAAUUGAUUUGCGAGCGACUGUUAGCCUAAGAUGAAAACAUUCAGCUCUAUUCUCGUUGCCAGGCUGCACUUUGACGCGUACCCUUACCUGUAAAUUACACACCGUGAAUAUGUUACUCGAUGACUGUUUGAAAAUUUAGAUAUUAGGAC